CUUUAUUUUAAUUUUUAAAUGAUCUUGGGCAUUGGUGUUGACAUUGUUCAUUUACCUCGCAUCGCUUCCUUAAUCACAAGAAGAGGAUCUAAAGUAUUAGCAAAACGUAUUCUAAGUAGUCGCGAACACAAAGAGUUUGAAACGUUUACAGAUGAAAGACAGCAAUUAGUUUACUUGGGAUCUAGAUGGUGUAUAAAGGAGGCAGUUUAUAAAGCAUUAUAUCCUAUACAUAAGUUGGAAUGGAAACAAGUAUCAGUGAUCAAACAAGCGGGCAAACCUGAUUUGGAUAUUGUGAACGGUAAAUUAUAUGGUAUUUCCAAAACGCAUGUGUCACUAUCGCAUGAUGGGGAUUAUGCUAUUGCUCAAGUUAUUCUUGAAAGCCAGUAAAUUAUUUUUUUUAUAAUAUCCGCCUACACACUCGAGUUAAUACACCUAAUUUGGAUAACUUGCGUUCCUUUUUCCCUGCUAGCUAAUAUAUAUAAUUUUUUUUUGAAAUAUUGCAA